UUAUAUAAAGUUCAAACCCGACACUACGGCACCUUCUCCCAAAAAAAAAAAAAAAAAACAAAGACGAAACGAAACAAAACAAAGCAAAAGAAGAGGACGAACAAGAAGCUCUUUCCUAGUUUCUUGAUUGUUUCCCUGGAAUAUUUUGCUUAAACCAUUAAAAUUCCUCUGGAUUGCAACACAAGUGGGUCUUGAUUAGUAUGCACUAUGCAGCGAUUAAGAAGCUCAGGGACGUCGAUUUUGGGUUCUCUAGUGGCAGCGCCCCAGUUGAAAAGGAAGGCUUUGAAUUCAUGGGCUGCCAUGCAGGACACCUAUUUUUCUGCCAAGGAUAUAUUCGAUAGGCAUAAGGCGGUAUUUACAAUUGGCACUUCUAUAGCGUCAGUUACGACGGCAUGGAUAGGAUAUUCUUUACGUCACUUACAUGAAAGGAGAGUUGAUCAAAGGCUUGAAACAAUUGAAAAAGCUAUGAGUAGCAAUUAUGAUCUCGGACAUUCAGAAAUUAGAAAGAUUACUGCCUCAGGACAUGUCAGUGCUCCUGCUUGUGUUGCCACUGCCGGAACUGCUUUGAUUAUUGGUGACGGUACAAAUGCACUGAGUACAAGGAGAAAGCAGUUACUGAUGGGAGGAAUUCCAGAAGUACAAUGGAUGAGGUACGGCUUGGGCUGGCGCGGUGGAAAGUGGCAUGCAAAUAGGCAGUUCAGAAAGGAGCAGAUGAAGUUGCUAGGGCAGAUAAAACCUAGAGGGUGGCAAUUGUUUGGGCGGAUUAAACCUAAAGGGUGGCAAUUUCAGUCCCUUAGGAGACGAAUAACAAGAUCUAGAGAGCCUGAAACUGCUGCCAAAACUCCUGAAAAGAUGCUAAAGGAUGCGUCUACGCACAUAAUUCUGGAGUAACUAAUCAUUUGUGUCCGUUUUAAAAUUGAAGUAGUGGUUUCAGCUUUUGCUGAUGACUCCCAAUGAUUAAGACUAUCAAUAUAUUUCUAUACCAUUAAAAUUUAUUUUUCGUACUGGAAUGUAUCAGAAGGAAAUAUAGUUCAUCAGACUUACAGCCACCCUGUUGUUCAUACUUCAUCUACUGAAUACUCAAAAUAUGCUAACAAGGUUGUAUACAUUUUUUUUCCUACCUGUGAUCCUUGUUUGGUUUUAUGGAGAACCUAUGUACUCAGAAGGUGUUUGAAAUACGCUUCCUUUUUAUGGCC